AUGAAACUACUAAUUUCAACUUUAACUCUACUACUAAGCACCAAAGACGCCGCAGCAAAAGUUAUCAAUUGGAACGAUUAUGACGCCUUCCCACAGCAAGUCUUGAAACCUCACAAUGUGGAACCACCACACCUGGUUCAAAACUUUCAAAAACGUGGACAAAGUACCAUGGGGAGGAUCACUUGUGCCAACGAAAAUUUCAUUCUUUCCAGUUCCAAUGAUCUGAAAAGUAUUGAACACUGCCACGAGAUUGUAGGCGAUUUGAUAGUGACCUCCACCUUUGACAGCCCAGUGUUAGAUCUAUACAACCUGCAAACGUUGAAGGGUAACUUUGUCAUUGAAGAUUGUCAAAGCUUGAUUAGACUAUCUGCUCCUCAAUUAGAAAAUGUGCAAGGUGAUUUUACACUCUCCUCUUUGACCUCAUUAGUCACUGUCGAAUUGCCAACUAUUUCUCAUGUGAACUCCCUUACUUGGAAAGUUCUACCCAUUUUGAGCCAAGCUGAUUUGCCCAAGGAUAUUAUAGUCGACAAGAAUAUUAUCAUUUCAGAUACGUCGUUAUCAAAUAUCAAUGAUUUCCAAUCAAUCAAAGAUGUUGAAAUUUUCAAUGUGAACAACAACAGGUUCCUGGAGACAAUUAAGACCAAUGUUGAAACUGUUAGGGGUCAAUUAAGUAUUCAUGCAAACUCCAGGGAACUAGAAUUAGAAAUGCCCUAUCUUCAAAAUGCUGAAAACUUAACUGUGAGAGACACAAGGAGUGUGUGGCUGCCCAAUUUACAAAGAGUGAACACAAACAUGGAAUUUAUUGAAAAUCUAUUUGCUGAUCUUGACCUGUCAAGCUUGAAAUUUGUCGGCGGGACAUUGGGUAUUAUCGAUAACUCAAACUUACACAACUUGGAUUUCAACAACGUUACAGAAGUACAAGGUGGGUUAAUGGUUACCAAUAAUAUAAACAUGGAAAAAAUCGACUGUUUCAAGUCGCUGAAGUUGGUAGGCGGCGCCAUAUAUUUUGAGGGUACCUUUACGGAUACCGACUUUCCAUACCUCAGACUAGUCAAGGGGAGCGCGUUUGUUAAGACAACGUCAAAUGAUAUGAACUGUAACAAGUGGGUUCGCCCUCAAAACGGGAGAUCUAUAGUCAGAGGGGGUAAGAUUCAAUGUACCGCAUCCAAAAAGCAAAACUCAAUCAGUCUUGAUGAAAAUGGGUCAGUUACAGAGACCAGUGAACGCGACAUUAGUAUUCCGAAAGUCGUCCUAUCCAAUUAUGCAAGUAAAUUAACCUACAGAAACUGGGUCGCAACAGGUUUAUCACUAGUGGCGGUUGCCCUACUGCAUAAUUUCGUAUAA